AACUGAAUCAUCGUGAAAAGCUUUUGAAAUGAUCAAAGUUUGCGUUUCGUCUGAAAAAUCGUGAAAAUUGGUGUUAAUUAAUCGUAUAAUUAAUUAAUUUAAUGUUCCAGUUGAAAAUUCUCGCCAUAUUGAUCGAGUAAGAACACUAAUUCGUUAUAUUUUCGUUAAAACAGAGCCAGUAUUUUAAUGUUCAGCCGGCCGGAGCGUUUGCGUAUGAGAACACCUAAAGAUGGUGUAGGAAGAUACGAUUAUUUGAAACAAUUAAUCACCGAAUUUGGAACUACAAAAUCUCAUCAAAAUAAACUCCAAGUGAUCGCAAAUUUGGCUAAUUUCGCUUACGAUCCGAUCAACUAUAAGUUUCUGACGUCUCUACGUGUUAUCGAUUUAUUCCUGGAUCAACUUUCCGAAUCUGAUCCUGCUUUGGUACAAUAUGCCAUCGGAGGGAUUUGCAAUAUCGUCAUCGAUCCUGUUCAGCAAGAAUAUCUGAUCCGAUCUAAGGGGAUCAAUUCGGUGGUGAAUUGUUUACAUUCCGAAGACGAGCAAACUGUUCUUUCGGCUAUUACCAUAUUGAUAUCUACACUGGCUUCUGGAUCGAAUUUCGAUUAUAUCAACGAAGGAGUAUUGAACCAUAUGAAACAGUUAUCCACCAGUUCGAACAUCAGAUUCCAGAACUUGGCUAAAAUAUUUCUGCAAGAUUUCAACGUUCGUUUGGGUUCAGAUCAAUCAACAUCGAAAUGAUCGCCAAUCUCAGCACUAAAAUCUUAUCUACGAUACCCAAACAACGUAUAUUCCAUCGACAUCUCAGCUGCGGUGAUAAAUACACCCUCACAAGAGUAUUUACCACCCAAGAUCUUCACUCGUUCGCCGAAUUAAC